AUGGAUCCAGUUUCAAAAAAAUUAAAUAUUCCACAAAUCAGUGGACAUAUUGAAGAUUCAGUAACUCCAUCGACCAACAGUAAGAAAUUCAGAUUCGUUGAAGUUCCAGAUUAUCUUGGAAAUGGUCAAAUCCAUAUCAAAACCAGAGGAUAUGCCAAACCACAAAACCACAGUAUCUUACUCUAUUGUUUACCAGAUAAUCAUGAUACUGUUAUGACUUUGAACUUCACGACCGCCAUUCAAUGUACAAGUGCUCGUCAUUACACUUAUACUCCAACUCAAACUGAAUGUGCUGCAUAUUAUGCAAUCUAUGUUUCAAACCAAACCAGUUAUCCAUCAACAUUACCUGCUGGUGAUAUCUUAACCAUUCCAGGUUAUAUCACUUUUACUGCUGCUGGACCAUACACACCAGAUUCAGUGAUUGAUUCAAUCAAUACUGGAGUUAAUGCUUGGGUUACAGCUCAACAACAAAAUAGUCUCGCAAGAUUGACAGCAGGUGAAGAUCCACAACUUCCAUCACUCAGUCAAACAAUCUCUGAAUUGCAUGAUUAUGGUGUUCCACAAGGUUUCUUCACAACCGAUGUCACCAAUAACAUUCAAAUUCUAUUGAAUCAAUACAGUGACUCAUUCAAUCAAUUGAAAGAAGCAAUUAAAUCAAAAGGACCAAAUGCAAUCGUAUCAGCCAAACAUGAUGUUGCACUUGGAUGGGGAUGUUGGUGGUGUCAAGUUGGAUUUGGAAUCAUCAUCACUCUAUUGACUUGUGCGAUAACCGUUGCAUUGAUUGCAUUGAUUCCAACAGGUGCUGGUGCUGCUGCUAUCGGUGGUAUUGCUGCAUAUUUAGUUACUUGGUUCGAUAUCACUGCUGCUGUUGCUUCAACUGUUGCCGCUGGUCUUAUUAAAACCAUUGGUACUGUUGCUUCAGUUUCGAUUGCAACCAUCUUACUCAAUUUACCAACACUCAUCUGUGAAGCCAUUGGAACUUAUAAAAAUAUAUUUGAAAGAUUAGGCAUUUCUUAA